UCAGCCACAAUGACAGCGGCAGCCUGGCUGUCGGCCUAGAGGGAGGUGGUGUGCAACUUAUGAAGAACGGAAAGACCUUCUACUCGUACAAGCCGCACAAAUCAAGGGUGACGUGCUUGUCGUACAAUGUGAAUGACAGCUUCGUGGCGAAGUGGCGGGUACGACGGCAGCGUGGCCCUCCUCUCUGUGGACACAAAGGCCUGCAGGAAUCUCUGUGCACCAACUGCAAAGGCCGUGGUUGGGCUGCAGUGGUCGAGCCACAGCAGGUUCAAGCUGGUGACCACCUCGAUGGACGGCUACCUGUGCAUCUGGGACAGCAGCACGAGGUGCUUGAAAAGUAAGCACGCUGUGCACCAUUUCACAGGUUCCAGCUGCCUGUCGCUGUCGCCUGUCAACGAGGCGCUGGCUGUGACGGCCGGCUACGACAGAUGCCUGGUACUCUUCGACAUGCUGACCACCACUAAGGAGGCAAGUGUGGCCACACCGGAGACCCUGGAAUCGGUGGCAUUUCUGCCCGAUGGGCAACGUGUCCUGGCUGGAGGCACGUCUGGGCGUGUUUACCUCUACGACCUACGCAACACCAGACAGACUCCGCCCAGCGUGUUUAACGCCCACUCCAAAACGGUCUUGGCUGUGGCCACCAUGCGAAACCAGGAAGUGGAGGCAGAGAUGAUGGCAUUUGUGAAGGCCUGUGCGAGCGAAGCGGCCACCACCACCUCUUAUCAGCCCCGGCAGGAACUCUGUCCUCCCAUCCGGUUUUCCCUCGAUUCCGAUGUAGAAGCUGCCGGGGAUCUUGUGAAGGCCUCAACACCUUUCGCUGGCCAGGUUCCAAAGAUUGCCAGAGAUUCGCUUGGCACACGCCAGUCCGAGUCGGACGAAGUAUUCAAGAAGCCACAUGAAUCUAACAUUCUGGAUGCAUCGUGGACUUCAGGGACCUCCCCCUCUGUUUACAAUCAGCAGCCUUUUCGUCUCAGUGACUUCAUGCCGGUGUUGGACGACGUGGUUGUGGGCAAUGCAAGCCGUGUCUCCCUGUCAAACGUCUCGGAGAAAGCGGAUCUUGGAGUCGGAAGCCGAGGAGUGUCGGCACGGGAGUCUCUUGCUGUAAAUGGAACCGAGGCCCCAUUGCACAAUAGUCCCGCAAGCAUAAAGGAUUCUUCGGCUUUGAUCAACUCAGUGCUAUCGGCUUCGAAGGAAUCCUCGGGAGACCCUCAGAAUGCAGGCAAAGCAGCCGCUAUG